UUCCAUCGUAUACCUUUGUGUACCGUACGCUUCAAGCUGCCUCUUCUACACCUUUCUUCCAUCACAUGUUGCAUCACAGCAGACGGUUGAACUCAUGUUUAGGAAGCAGCGACUUCUAUCUCUUGCUGGUGAGACACUUUAGAUGCAUCACCCGCCACUGAGUUUAAAUCAACCUAUUUACUGGCAGCCUCUUACACAUGGCCUCCUACUGUUGUGCCAACUUAAGCACCCAACUUAAGAGCUGUAACAAUGGACAACAUUCAUGUGUCUUUAUUGUUGACACUGGCCUUUAUGAUCUACGAGGGGACUUAGUUUGUUAUCUGGCCCUGUUCUUUUUUAACUCCCCAAGUAAGACAGUCAAGAAAGGUGUUUAGAGUAAGGAUAAAUUCUUCCGUUGUGUGUUUCAGAAAAACCUUCCUUUAGGCGAGAGAUUUAAUAUAAUAAUUAGCAAUAAAGGGACAACAUUUGGGGGAAAGGUGAGAUGUUUACCCCGUAUUGGACUCUAUAUUCAAUGUAGUAUUGAAUUGUGGCAGCCGGAGGUGGAAUAUUUGAGCUGUUGCUUACCUUUUUGAAACUGAAUUGGUGCUGGCUUAAGGCUGGAUCUCUGAAAUCGAUCGCGCAGUUUACUCACGUUUAUUGGUUGCCAGUAGUAACGAGACGCUUCCUUCAGUGAUGUGUUUCGCCUCUUGGUCUACAGAGGGCGCUGUUUUACAUUAUUAAUUGUGAAGCAAUAAUUUUCUCAUAACAUAUUUCAUUAUACACUAAAGAAAAUAUUACCGUGAGCGUAGAUUUCUUAUGAUUUGGUUGUCGAUUGUAGCCAAAUUAAAUAGAAAUAUACAGUCAACGGAGGAACACUGCCCUCUUCUGGUGGGAGCGAAUCUUCUGUUGACGAGGAGGAUGCUCGGGCCUGUCGGUCCCGCCGAGGCUCUGUCGCGGACCCGGUUCGCCUAGACUGAGCCGGGCCAUGGCGGCACCGGCGACACAUUUGGAGCAGGAAUGGCCGUCGGCGGGGGUGUUAAGCGUGGAUUUGAAAGGCCAUCUGUCCGCGGAGGCGGCCGCGCUUCUUCUGGACGAUGGUGGACGGUCCAGGCUCGCAGACUGUUCUUCAGCGGAGGACCAGGACUUCACGCCUCUAGGGGACCUGGCGACUGAAUUCGACGAAAGGUUGGCGACUUGCUUCCAAAACGUCGAGGCUCAGCCGGACAGCAGCGUUCAGGUGACCGCGGAGGAGUCGCUGCUGGAGGGAGACGAGAUCUGGACCCAGCUGACCAACAACUACGGCCGUGUCAUGCCCGUGGACUGGUUGCAGUCCCGGACUCACUCCCUUCACAUCACCUCAUUCAACCUCCGGGAGAAAGCAAGACCGAGCGACGGCGAGGCCGAUCAGUCCGAUGACGAGGAGCUGCGGGAGCAGCUGGACAUGCACUCCAUCAUCGUCUCCAGUCUGUCGGACGAGCCGCUGUUCACAGCAGAGCAGGUGAUCGAGGAGCUGGAGGAGAUGAUGCAGGACUCUGCUGAGGUGACGGAGGAGCAGCUUCCCCCACAGACAGACCUGUCCAUGUUCUCCAUGGACGUGCAGCAGCUGAGCUUCAGCCCUGACUUCCAGGACAGGGUGAAGACGCUGAGCGUGGCAGAGCUGAAUGAGCGUCUGGAGGAGACGGAGGCGGCCAUCCGGAGGUUUUCCGAGGAGCUGGUGCAGCAGCUGGCACUCAGGGACGAGCUGGACUUUGAGAAGGAAGUGAAGAACAGCUUCAUCUCCGCGCUCAUCGACAUCCAGAACCGACAGAAGGAGCACAGGGAGAUGAUGAAGAAGAAGAAGAAGCUGAAAGGAGGAGGCACCAGCUCAUCGCAGGCUGAGAAGACUCAUGGAUCUGUGAGUGAGCUCAGCUCUUCUCUUCAGCUCAUCUCCUCCUCACCUUCCUCUGCUGUUCUCCAGCGCUUCAGUAUGGAGGGAUUAUCUUCUGUUAUUCAAAACAGCUUUCGACAAACUUUCGGAAACACCUGCAGUGAAAGACAGUAUUUGACCACGGUUAUCCCGUACGAGAAGAAAGGACACCCUCCGUCUCUCGAGGACCUGCAGAUCCUGACCAAGAUUCUCCACGCGAUGAGGGAUGACAGCGACAAGGUGCCUGGUCUCCUGACAGACUACAUUCUCAAAGCUCUGGUGUGACCGCCGACGCGCAGUGCUGUGCCCCACGUGAGCUGCAGAGGGCGCUGCAGACCUCCACAGCUCCAGGAAGAAGAAGCAAUAUGAAGCGCACUUACUGUAUUAUUCUGAUUUAAGUUAUAUUUCUGUUGUGAGUCAUUCUUCAAGCAUCACGCGUUAGGUGUUACAUCAUUGUCAGCGGAUCAUUGGUUUGAUAAACAAAAAAAAGCCCCAUUUAUUGACGCGCGGUGAUGAGGAUGCUGACCUGAAGUGCAAUCGCCUUAAGUGCAGAGUCCCGGUCACAGCUACAGGUAGAGCUCUGAAUUAUUGAUUGUCAUAAAGAGACACUUUAUUUUGAAGAAGUCAAAGUUAGAAAUUUGAAAAACAUUCCUUCUCAUGAUCCUCAAGGAUUUGUUUUGGAAACUUUUGCACUGAUCUGUUUAACAGCUAACUAUGCACUGGACUGACCUUUGACCUCCACACUGUACUUCAAGGCUACAUCUGUGGAUCCGAGUGGCAUGAGGCGUGUUUCCUCUCAAGCUGCCUUUCGCCUUCGCCUCAAACUUUUGUACGUUGAAAAUGAAGACAGAAUCCUUCGUACAUGAUAUUUAUUUUGUAAAUAUCCAACUGAAAUAAACUGCAUAUGUGUUUGAAUA